AUGUUUAGUCUAUCAAACGCCCCCACAGUUCCUCUCGGUGACGACGAGCUCAGUGCGGACGCUGAUGAACCACCGGACGACCACGUAUCCCCAUUGACCGUCGUCCCAACGCGAGAGGCAGCCUACCAUCGAUCUCCCGCUCCUCCAAACCCUCGCCGCGAGUCUCUUUUGACUCGAGCCAUUCUGGCGGAAUCCAAGCACGAAGAUGAUUCUCAUAGAUUCGCCGACCGUGGGCUAUCGACGACUUCCUCCCAUAGUACAGCGAGCAUGCCGUCGACUGCCGAGUUGACGAGUGAUGGGGACACCAGCCAGUCAUCGUCGGCGACGCCCAGUCCACCACCUCCCUCAGGACGCUUCGGCACCCUCCUCAACUUCAAGAAAACAGGCUCCAAGGUGCUCAUCGCCCCGGUGACGAAGGACGAAAGGGAAGCAGUGGCAGAAGUUGGCGAAGCCGCGGUUGAGAAGACACUAGGCCGCAAGCGUUGCAUCAUGUUUGCUUGUGGGGGCACGGAUUCUGAGAAGAGCAAAGAAAGCGAGGCAUUAAGCAAGCAAAAGCCGUCAGCCGGACAACCCGAGCCCCCCAAGCGGAAGUGUGCACUCACCUUCGCUUGCCCCUCUCGAACGAGCACAAACGAGAUGAAAAACUCCCCCGCCAAGCUACGGGCUGAAGCAAAGAACGCACGGCGCCCGUCUCCUGCCCCCUUCAGGCGCAAGUCCACCUCAGAAUCUGUCGACCUCUCCAGCCACUCGACCGACACAACUAGAGUAGCUAGUCCCGAGAAAUCCAGACUCACCCCACCUUCCCCAAAGGCAGCCUUUCACGAAUUUGCAGCAUCUCAGGAUGAGACCGACGCAUGGGUUGACAAGCCAGAUGUCCACAAGGAGAAGCUCACCUUUGAUGAUUGCAUGAAAAAGGAAAACCGCAUCCGGCAAAUUGGUCGUGAAGCCGAAGAGGAGGCGGAGGAAGAAGAACGAGAACAGGAGGAACUCGGAAAUGCAUCUGAGGAUGAAUACAAUGACAAUGAGGAUGAUUUCGCUCCUUCCGAUGAUGGCACCGAUGGUGGCAAUGAAUCUGACGACGAAGGAGGCUUCGCUAGCUCCGACGAAGAGAGCGACGGCGGCUCCGAGUAUAGAUUCUGGGCGCCUUCGAACACCGGUGCUGCCAUGAGCAGUGACCAUCUCAACAUCAGCCACUUCAGCGCCCGUCGACAAUCCGAGGCAAGUUCCGUCGAGUCAUUGAUUCGAUCGAGUACGCCUCCCCUUCACUCAAUGAUGAGGCAAGUUGGAAGACGUCGCAAUAACAACGCCUUCAAAGUGCCAAAGAUGAGACCUGGCACACCAGAGUUGCCCGACAGCACCGACUUUGUCUGCGGAACUCUUGACGAGGAUCGUCCGUUGGAGGCCGCGUACAUCUCAUGCCGCGAGCAAAAGAAGCGAGAGAAGCACAUCCCCAUCCCACAAGAUAUAGACCCGAGCUUCCCGACGACUGAUCCGGAAGACAACGAAGAAAACAGUGACGACGAAGAGGUCGACGAAUCGCAACACAGCUCCGAGGGCCCGCGAUGGCUCAAAGACGGGUUUGCAGAUUUCGACGAGGAGCAUCAUGGACGCCGGAAGGCGUCGUUCACCAUGCCAAUCGCCCAUUCACCCUCUCCACCCCACACUGCAUUCGGCGGAAGAGUCGGUCGCAGCAUCCACCGCUUGCCGCCGCCGAGGCAUGCCGUUGCACGAUCACCACCACCUCGAAAAUUGUUUGGGCAUUCUCCCACUCGACUCAGGUCACCCUUUCCGCAAGCUAAGCUGCGUUCUCCUCGUGGGUCGCCGACAAACGCUGGUAUCCGGACCAGGAUCAACCCAAGAGGUCUUGCUCAACGUCCUGGCAUGGAACGGACAGCGUCCCUCCCUGAUACUCCUAAUCCAUUCUUCAAAAACUUCCACAUUGGCAGUCCUUCCAUCUCCAAUAUUGCGUCUGGAGCUGUCACUCCCGCUCUUGAGGAACCAUUCCGUCCAGACAUGCACGUUCGUGGCCCCGUUGACAUUGUUGCCGGGCUUGAAAAGAAACGCCAAAAGCGCAAAGAAAAAUACUGGCGUCAACAUUGUCGUAAAGCAGCCAAGGAACAGUCUGAACGGAAACCGGUUCCCGGUCGUGGAGCGGAGCGCAUGAAGGAGCUGGGUCUAGAAUGUGCUGAGCGGACAAAAGGCUACGGCAUCGGGCAACAGACUCAGCUGGUACUUUCACUUUGA